UCAUAGUCAUACUGUUCUGUUCUUGGAAAGUGUUGUGUUACUAUUAUUGUGUUGCCUGUUGCCAGUCUGCAGUGUUGGAGAAAGAGGCCGCUGGUCUGUUGUUGGAGAGAUAGAGCAGAGGAGUUGUGGUGCUGUCCUUGCUUUCUUUCCUUUCGAUGGCGGAUUACGGAGUGAAUCCCGAUGGCCCGCCGCGGCUAGAAGGAAUGGUCAGUCUCAAAGUGGACAACAUCCCAUUCGAGACCACUCUCUCCGACUUGAAGCCGAUGUUCGAGAAGUACGGUCGAAUUGGAGACCUCUAUAUACCGCGAGAGAAGGAUAAGCGUAGGGCGCGUGGCUUCGCUUUCGUGCGCUACUUCUCUCAGGAUGAUGCGGAUGCUGCCAUUGAACAUUUGACUGGGACUGAACUUGGUGGGAGACAGAUCGAGGUGAAAAUGGCUCAGUUUGAUCGGCCACAGUUUGACAGGGGUUACCUCGCCAAGCGUGAAGCAGCGGAGCGGAGGCGGGAAAGAUCCCGCGGAGAACGGAACGGCCGUGACGACGAUAGAGAUCGGUACCACCACCGUGAACAGAGCUGGGAGCGACGCCGGGAAGGCUAUCGGCGUGACGAGUAUCGCCGCGGUAGCUAUGGCGACGAGGUUCACGACAGCCGGAGGCAUCGCGAGUCGUCUCGAUACAGUCCAGAGCGUAGAAGGGUGUACGCCAGUCCGCCGCGCUACAGGCACCGCUCCUACUCACCUCGACGCAUGCCGCCACCCAUGCCGCCGCGCUAUGUGCGAUCUCCGCCCCGCUAUGUACGCUCGCCACCCCGCUACGCACGCACUCCGCCUCGGCACCCCAUGUCGCCGGCGUACGCAUCGCACGGCUACUCGCGCAGUCCUCCCCGUCAGCGUUCUUACUCACCGCGCCGCUACUACUGAUGCAGUCGCCCUAUGUAGUAUUCAAGCUCUCUUCCACUCCAAUGCUGAUAUAUUGGUCCUGUUCAAGGUCUCUUACAUCGCAUGGCGCUCCAGUGCUGAUUUAUUGGUCCCAUUCAAGUUCUUGCAUCGCAUGGCACUCCAGCGGAGAAUGGAGGUGCCCCGUGCCGACGAUGUGGUGUAUUUAGGCGAGCGUUGUGGUAGUUGCAACAUGGCAAAUGUCCAGCACGGCUCUCGUGCUUGACCAGCCGAGCUGCCCGAUCUCGACAAGGGUCUGUGUGGGGGGGUCUGUGUGUGGGUGGGUGUUGCAUGCGGGACGGUGCGACCCGCCUGCGGGUGGUGAGCGCAGCAAGCACUCUUUCUCCGUGUGUAUGUGUGUGUGUGUGUUCGUGUGUGUGCGUGUGUGUGUGCGUGCGUGCAUCUGGCACGCAUCGCUCGGCGGCAUGAUACUUUUGAGAUAUUGCCAAUUUGCCAUGGUUAUCACCCCGCCAGCACCAGCCUAGACUUCAAUUCUCUUUCUUGCACUCUUUACUUCCAUUCACCCCACCAUUAGCGGUGUACAUAAUGUAGUCGUGUUGUUAGCUCUGCUGGCCCUGCGAUACAGAGGCGUCUGCACAGCGUCCUUGCGUGUGCACGCGUUCUCGUGUGUGUCCGCUUCACCUGUCCCAGUCGCGUGGUCCGGUCACGUCUAGCGCUUGCCGCUGCUGCCCUGCUAACUUUCCUCUGGCUUGCUAGCGACAUGUACAUAAUAUGACAUUAGAUAAACCUUGCACACUGUAUUGUAGAAACACGCUUUUAACCACCUUGUAAUAUGCUGUCGAAUUAAAAGCGUGUUAUGUACAUAAUAAUAUAUGUAUGACAGUGAGGUAACUUGUGCCACAGCGGCGUCUACACCAUUAGCAGCAGCAGCAACACACACACAAGCACACAACCAGCUACGGGAGCAUUGUCUUUAUCCUAGCACUGCCCAGGUGGGUCUAAUCCUCCUAAGCCGAUAGCUUGCGUUGAGAAAGACAAAAAAAAGGAGUCUGAAUGGUCACAGUCUGUAUAUAUCUGUUUUUAGUACAACACUCACUUUUACUGCACCGAUCGUUUGGGAAGUUUUCACUGGCUUGUUUUGUUACUGUGUUGUUACGUCGUUUCUGUUGUUGCGUCGUGUCAUGCAAGCAGUUCACAGCUAAGGAGGGCUGCUGUGUUUUUAGGAGUGCCUUGAACACCCUAUCUCUUGUUAUGUCUUGUGUUUUCUGUGCUAUGUUCAAGUAACAUUCUGCUAGCCUAUGCGAAUUUUUGAUUCUUUAUAAUAAUUAUCAUUAUCCUUUUUUAAUUUUGUCACGCACUCGGUUCACUCAUUCAGA